UCUCAAUCUCUCUCGAGCUAUGGCGCAGCAUCCUAUUCCUCCAAUUGUGAAUAUCGCACAAAAUCUGCAGUACAAGGAUCAUCCACAAGCAGAUAAAGCUGUGUUAGAUGCAUUAGAAGCAUCAACUCAAGAUUGGCUCACAGCACCUCAGUGGCUGACACUUUUCCAGAAUGCACAACUAUUUGAUCCAGAAAAUAGCUUCAACAUUCCAGCUGAGGAAGAGGGACUCUACCGUGUGGAUAACAAUCACAUGCAAGACCGGAAUACGUGGCUGAUACGAAGUGCCCAGUCUAGUUGUAGUCAGAUGAUACAUGAGAAAAACAAAGAUGGACAGAAGAAUAAAAACAGUUUGGUGCUGGUUUGAAGACUAUAUACUAAGACGGACAGAAGAAUAAAAACAGUUUGGUGCUGGUUUGAAGACUAUAUACUAAGAUGUACAGAAGAAUAAAAACAGUUUGGUGCUGGUUUGAAGACUAUAUACUAAGUGCUAAGUUCUACUUUUAUGAUUGGAAUGUUUGUGUUUAAAAACAAUUUUUAUAUUUGUGGCAUCUAUUUCUAUGAUUAAAUCUAGACAAAAACUUCCUUA